AUGGGACUUGUAGUUGCACGGGGCUCGGUCCGAGGGGCUGCGGGGCUGCGUAGGCUCAGCUUCAGACACUACAUUUCCCAGCAGGCCCCGGGCCGGGCACGCCCCCGGGCGCGGCACCGCGAGCUUCCGCGCUCAGGGCUGAGCGCAUUGUUCUCCGCUCGCGGAUUCACGCGCAGCUGUUGGUUGGGUUCUCAGUGCGGGGUCACCUGUGUUGUUGCAUUCCCGUCCCCCACGGUUACGUGGCGUCGCUUUCUGCUAGGUAGGGCGGCCUCUGUACGCCCUUUGAUCCCAGAUCAUUGCAGUAUUUGGCUCCGAGAUGCGAGACUUUUCCUUGACUCCGGGGUUCGUGCGCUGCGCUGUUGCCUCACUGUCCCAGAGCUUGAGAGACCUGGGGGGCGAGGGAUGAGACCACUGACUCUACCGGACCUCCAGGUUCUGGUCGUUAAAAAUCUCCCCAGCGGCCCCAUGUUCUUGACUCCUCCUCGUACCCUGCAUUUCCAGCAGUUUUGCUGCUGGAGCACCAUAGCAACUUUCUCUGCCCUUCAGGGAGUCACAGCCAUGGCCCCUUUAACAAACUGUGGAUCUCAGUCCUGCGGGGAGAAAAGGAAGACUUCUUGGGCACUGUGUCUCAGCCCAGAGGACAGGAUGCUCCUUAAGGUUAGAAAGAGGCUUCUGGAACAGCGGGAAGAAACCAUAACGAUAGAUCGGGUUUGCAGGCAAGAAACCUUUGCUUACGAGAUGGAGUCACAUGCCAUAGGAAAAAAGCCUGAAAACCCAGCAGACAUGGUUGAAGAAGGGGAGCUUAUCCUAUCUGUGAAUAUCUUGUACCCCGUUAUAUUUCAUAAGCACAAAGAACACAAACCAUACCAGACGAUGCUGGUAUUGGGCAGUCAAAAGCUCACGGAACUGAGGGAUUCAAUUUGUUGUGUCAGUGACCUCCAGAUUGGUGGCGAAUUCAGCAACACUCCUGAUCAAGCUCCAGAGCACAUAAGCAAAGACCUGUACAAAUCAGCCUUCUUUUAUUUUGAAGGAACAUUUUAUAAUGAUAAGAGAUACCCUGAGUGCAGAGAUUUGAGCAGAACUAUCAUUGAGUGGUCAGAGUCCCAUGAUAGAGGCUAUGGAAAAUUUCAGACCGCUAAAAUGGAAGAUUUUACCUUCAAUGACUUGUAUAUUAAACUGGGUUUUCCUUACUUAUAUUGUCACCAGGGAGACUGUGAGCAUGUUGUCGUCAUCACUGACAUAAGGCUUGUGCAUCGUGAUGACUGCUUGGAUAGGACCCUUUAUCCCCUUCUUAUCAAGAAGCAUUGGUUAUGGACCAGAAAAUGUUUUGUUUGUAAAAUGUACACAGCCAGAUGGGUGACGAACAAUGACAGUUUUGCACCAGAGGACCCAUGUUUCUUUUGUGAUGUUUGCUUUCGGAUGCUCCACUAUGAUUCAGAAGGCAACAAACUGGGAGAAUUCCUUGCUUAUCCUUAUGUUGAUCCUGGAACCUUUAAUUAA